AUGAGCUAUGAGAAGGCUUGGAGGUGUCGAGAGAAGGGACUUAUGUAUUCGAGGGGUACGCCAGCAGCAGCUUAUAGUCAGUUACCUGGUUACUUUUACGUGCUGGAACAGAAGAAUCCAGGUACUAUUACAGACAUUAUCACAGAGGAUAACAGGUUCAAGUACUGUUUUUGGUCACUGGCUGCUUGUAGGAGGGGAUUUAAGUUUUGUCGUCCUGUGAUUAGUAUCGACGGCACGUUCUUGAAGACAAGGUUUGGGGGCACAAUGCUAGUUCCUGUAGCGUACGAUGCAAAUAACCAACUGUUUCCGAUUGCCUUUGCAAUUGUUGACAGCGAGAAUCAUGACUCUUGGAAGUAUUUCUUGCAGAAGUUAAAGGAAGCGAUUGGGGAGGUUGAAAACUUAGUGUUUGUAUCGGAUAGGCAUCAAAGCAUUGAACAUGCUGUCGAGGUUAUUUUCCCCGAAGCAUGCCACUGUGCAUGCUACAAACAUAUUUCUAUGAAUGUCACCUACAAGUUCAAGACUGAUGUAUGUAACACGCAAAUAUGGUUGGCCGCUUACACAUGGUCGAAGAGGGAAUGUGAUAGACAUUUGCAGGUGCUCCGACAGAUGGAUCCUCCCAUCGCUGCUUAUGUUGACAAUAUAGGAUUAGAAAAAUGGGCUCGUCCUUAUUGUCUAGGAGACAGGUACAACAUCAUGACAAACAACGCUGCAGAAAGCCUUAACAACGUGACUGAAGAAUUCCGGGCAUAUCCAAUAACUACUCUAGUUGAGUUCAUAAGGUUCACACUACAAAAUUGGUUUGCUAACCGUCUCGAGAAGGCAAGUAAGUGUGUUACCCCUUUCGCAACUCAUUUUGAGGAAGAUUUGAUAAAGCAACACGAGGAUGGUAGACGUAGAAGUGUCCUACGUAACGGUGCACAAUUGUUGAAUGUUGGAAGAGGUGCUGACGGUUCUGACUUUGAAAAAGGCGGAGAUCGCUUACUCCAUUUUGUCAGUGUCUACGCUCUGUCAUCCCUCUAUUACACAAAGGAGACGUGGAAGAAUACUUACGAUGCAACAAUUAAUGUUGUGGGCGAGGAGGAUGAAUGGGUGCUUCCAGAACACAUGCAGAACAUGAGAAUCGGUGUACCAGUGGAGAAGAAACCUGUAGGUCGUCCAAGAAAGAGCAAUGCAGAAAGACUACGGACUAACCGAUUUCCAUCGAACGGUCAAAAAGUCAAGGAACCACGCAAAUGUUCAAACUGUGGCACAUUGGGACACAACAAAGCUACUUGCAAGGCCAGGGUUUAA